AGAUUUUGUAAAAGAAGAGAGAGUGAAAAGCCCUAGUGUGCAGUUGGGACAUAGGUAUCGCCAUGGCACUUCACGGAGCCGCGAAAGGCGUUUGCGUUUCCAUAAGGGUGGCUUGUCGGCACUACUCUUGGGAGAACAGCGUGAAUCUGAUUAAGCAGUUGCGAGAAAGAACGAGCGCUCCCAUGAAGGACGUGAAAGCCGCACUGGUGGAUUCUAAUUGGGACAUCGAGGCCGCUCAGAAGGAGCUCCGAAAGAGGGGAAAGGUUUUAGCCUCCAAAAAAUCCUCUCGCACUGCCUCCGAAGGCUUGCUCGCCCUCGCCCAAACCCCUUCCAAACUCGCUCUCGUCGAACUCAACUGCGAAACCGACUUCGUUGCCCGAAACGACAUUUUUCAACACUUGGCAUUGUGUUUGGCCAAGCAAGCUUUGUCUCUGGACAACUCCUCUUCUUCUGCCUUUCAUGUUGGACCGCAAUCUUUUGAGGACUUGACACUGAAUCUUGAGCAUCCCAAGAUAAAUGGAGAGACAAGCAUUCACAAUGCAAUCACUGAAGUGGCUGCCAUGAUGGGGGAGAAUGUGAGGCUUAGAAGAGGCUAUGUCAUGCCUACAUCUCCCCACGGUUUUAUAUCCACGUAUCUUCAUACCAGUCCCCAACCAGGUUUGGGUCGCAUUGCUGGAAUUUUGUCUCUUCAAGUAGAUGAUGGUAAAACGCAAGCGGAAGCUCUUCAACGUGUUGGAUCGGAAUUGGCAAUGCAUGUAGUGGCAGCAAAGCCAUUAUUUUUAACGAAGGAACUCGUGCCUUCAGAUGCGUUGGAAAAUGAGCGGGAAAUUCUUAAGUCUCAGGCAGAAGCCUCUGGUAAACCUCAGAUGGCUAUAGACAAAAUGGUUGAAGGACGUCUCCGCAAGUAUUUUGAGGAUGUCGUAUUUAUGGACCAAAAGUUUAUUAUGAAUGAUACUUUAAAUGUGAAGGCAGUGCUUGAUAAUCUAUCCAAGGAGGUGGGUUCGUCUGUAAGGGUUGUUGACUUUCUCAGAAUGGAAGUUGGGGAAGGAAUUGCAAGGCAAGAAACAGAUGCAUCUGAGACUGUUGCUCAGGUUGCCUAAGUUUAAGGUGAUUCUGUCUACUCGGGAAGGAAACCCUCUGAGAGCUCAGCUUUGUUUUUAAGGCUUUUGCUCUCUAGCUGAUAAUAUUUAAACACAAAUGGGGAACGGGGAAGAUGAGGUACAUAUAAAGGAUUCGGUUGAAAAUUUUGCUUUGCAGUGGAAAACAUAAAUGGUAUCUGUUAGACUGAGUGUAAUAGUUGGUUCUGGUGCACUCUCCUGGUCUAUUUUGCCCACGAAAGCGAUAGUCGAUCCACAUUGGCGUCGCUUUCAAAUUACUAAAACUAUUGUUUUCAUAUCUCCAGUUCACAAAGUUUCUCAGUUUCAAAUUUCCAAAUGUGACAAAUAAAUUGAUACUUUGGAAUGAACCGAUCGAUUAACAGCAGACAUAGCCUUGUUUAUCGGUUUGUGUUUUCUUGAAAGUAUAUGUUUUCAAUUUUAACCAAAUUAUUCUUUUGAAGCGAUAUAAGUUGCGACUCAAUCCAAUUUUCAAAGCAAGGUUUGCAUAUAUAACAUGCAGCUCUUUGAACCCCAUUCUAUAGUUCUGAUUGACAUGUAUUCCUUGUACUUGCACUUCCAAUGAAUUAGAAAGAUUCUGUUAUUUUA